CUGCCUCCCACCCCACAGGCGACGCUCGAUCGCCAUCGCCGGGCCUCGUUCCCCUUCGUCGGCGGCAGGCCUCGUUCCCCUUCGUCGGCGGCAACUCGCUCCAGCUCCGCUCCCACAGCCGCUCGAGCUCUGUCCUCCGACCAAUCUGAGUUUCGCCGCACCGCCAUCUGCCUUCGACCACUCGAAACCUGGAGCUUGGCCGCCAUCAACUUUCCUCUGCCUCAGGUUUUGAGAAUGGCAUCCGGCAAUGAAUCAUCGCAACCGUCUGUUGGUAGCAAUGCUGCUCGUAGUGGAUAUCGACAAAAGAAGGAUCCAACUUGGGAUUAUGCCGAGCGAAUCAUCUCAGAAACCGGAAAAAUGUGGCAUAAAUGUUUGUUGUGUAGUCAUGUGAUUAAAGGCGGAGGGAUUAACAGGGUGAAGCAGCAUUUGGCUGGAAGAAAAGGUGACGGUAGUCCUUGCCCACAAGUUACUCAUGAUAUUCAAGUGAGGUUUAGGGCUUUGCUUGAAGAGUCGUGCUUGAAGAAGGAGUGGGCGAAAGACCCAAUUGAUUAUGAACAAUUAGAUAACAUUGAUUUUUGGAUUGUAGAAGAAGAUCCACAUGCAGAUAUAGACUAUGAAGAGCUCGAAAAGACUCUUUAUGAGGAGGAGGAGGAGGAGGAGGAGGAGGAGGAGGAGCAAGGAUCAUCAUCAUCUUCCAACAAGCGUCCUCGUGUUGAAGAGGACUUUGAGUAUGAUGUGACUGAUGAAAUUGACUUCGACAUUUCUCAUCUUGUUGAUGCAAUGGAGAUGGAGAUGGAUAGCUUUAUCUUUGAAGAUUGAGUACUUUUCUUUUGUUAUUUGGAAUUCUAAGUUGAUGUUAUGUGAUGGAUUUAAGAGUGGUGGAUUUAAGGCUUCUUGAAUUGUUAACUAU